CCCCUGAACAAGGCAGUUAACCCACUGUUCCUUGGCCGUCAUUGAAAAUAAGAAUUUGUUCUUAACUGACUUGCCUAGCUAAAUAAAGGUAAAAAUAUAUAUUUUUUUUUCAGACGUAAAUAUUGUUCCCGUUUCAUCUGCUCAAUUGUAUUUUCCCCGUGUAUUAGUAGAAAGAGGAUACGUAGCCUCGUUUUUCUAGUUUUUUUUUUAUUUUUAUUUUUUUAAUAUAUUUUUUUAUUAACAACAAAUCAAUACAUAAAGCACAUGAGGGACCUCGUUUUUCUAGUUCCAGAACACAGCCGCGGUGAUAGCUACGUUACCGUAACAAACCAAACCGCGCAUGUCCUCCGGGAGUCAUCUUUAAGGGUGCGUUAGUAAAUCAGAGCGUUUCACUCCGGACGCCCCGGCCGAGGAGUAAGGUUUGGUCUGACCGCAACGGCAGCGGACAAUUUAAUGUUAAUUGUCUAAAAUGACCAAGCUACUUUUAGACACAAGUGAUAGAAAUACUUCUGAACACGUUGACCAUCUUACUCACCCAGCAGAGCUGGUUAGGUUGUUUAUGUAAUCUAGAGAGUUGGUGACUGUAUUUGUGCUCCAGGCAAUCAUUUUAGAUCAUUUUUUUUUGCCGAUGUUUAAUUGAUCCCGGUCACAUUGAACCGGCGUUGCGCAUUCAUAAAUUCAACAGUUCUUCUGCUCCCUGGUGCUCAGAAGCUCUGGUCGGACCGGACAGAGGGAUUUCAGGUCAACAUGACAUUUUUUCUUCUCGUUUCGGGACACAGUAAUACAGUUUGUUGUGGCUCGCUUCGGUUUUAACUGAGUAGCAACGUUUUCGCGGAAUCAUUUGCUUCCAACAAGUGUGCAAAAAAUUAGGCAUCAUGUUAGCCCACCGUGCUAGCUAGCUAAUCCCGUAGCUACCUGCACUGGUUAGCGUUACCGUCGUCAGCUCUGUCCUGCAACAUCAAGGACAGAUGACAAUUUCACUCCAAAUUAUCGAAGAAAUCACUAUCCACUUCUAUGUUCGGUACACGAGCUAACUGACCUGAACUAUAACAUGAUGGAUUCAAAGAGAGACGUGAAAGAUCAAGAAACCGAGAGAGUCUCCAAGGUGACAGCUGUUCUGCUGAAGUCCCGGACAGGAGAGUUUGAUCUGGAAUCUAUUCUGUUCCUGAAGCUCCGAGGUCUCGGGAUCUAUGAUCUAGGCUGUAUCGGGGACUGUAUAAAUCUGGAGAGACUGGAUCUGUCUGGUAACAACAUCACGAACCUGGCUCCACUCUCUUCUCUGAGACUACUACAGAUACUCAAUGUGUCAGCCAACAGGAUCUCUAACUUAGACAUUUCCUGCUGUGACAGUUUACAGAGCCUAAAUGUGGCUGGGAACCUCAUAUCCAGGUAAAUAUGUAUUUACUAUUUACAGUACUGUGAGAACGGUGUAGGCCUGAUAAGUGCUGAUAAUACCAGGUCUAAUACCAGUGUAGGUCUAAUACCAGGUCUAAUACCAGUGUAGGU